UAUGGAAAUCUGUUCAUAGGAAUAGUGGAAAGAUAAGCUGAGCCCCGAGCAGCUGCAUGACACUCCCAGCCGCACCGCAGCUCUCUCACAAGGGGCCGGUCCACGGCCUCAUUUUCCCGCCCACACUCCUGUGUAUAUGUAGACAGCAGCAGGUCGGGGGAGUACUGGCUGCAUAACACAGACGUGUCCUGACGAGCCUGACAUCAUGGUGCAGUACGUGGAGAGCUUGGAUGAAUUUAGGACCAUUAUUGACAGUGGCGGAAAUAAACUUAUAGUGGUGGAUUUCACCGCCACCUGGUGUGGACCCUGCCAGCAUAUAGCUCCUUUCUAUGAGUCACUUGCCAUUAAGUACCCAGGAAUUGUCUUGUACAAGGUUGAUGUGGACGAGGCGGGGGACAUAUCAUCUGCAUAUGGAAUAAGGGCCAUGCCAACGUUUCACUUUUACAAGAAUGGACAGAAGGUAGAUGAACUAUGUGGUGCUGAUAAGGAUAAGCUUGAAUCUCUGGUCCAAAAGUGGUCGGGACAUGGCUCCUCAUGAAGAAAUUGUCUAAAGUCUUUCAUGUGCAGACACUAUCAUUUGCCUUAAGAUUUGGAACAACCCCAUCCUCUCCUGUCUUCCUGCAGUCAUCUCAGACAUCCAUAUACUAGGACCAUGUAAAAGUGAUGGAGGCGGUGUGUUUUUAUGAAAUGGUGCUUGGCUAUGAUCACUGUACAGGAGGGUGCAUGUAAAUAGUGACUCAUGGCGCUUUGUCUCUACCAUUCCUAGUCUAUCACGCAUGCACAUACAUCUUAAAGGUGUUGUUUCACUUCAGCAAGUGGCAUUUAUCUUAUAGAGAAAGUUAAUACAAGGCACGUACUAAUGUAUUAUUAUUAUCCAUGUUGCUUCCUUUCCUGGCUGGAUUCAUUUUUUCAUCACGUUAU